UCGCUUGUCGGGCGACAUUGGCGCAACCUCACAAAUUUGGCGGCAAAACACCGAAUUCCUUAUAGCAUGAUCAGCAACGGCAAGCGCCGCCGCGCGGCCAGCGACGACAGCGAUGAGGAGCAAAAGACGCAGCGCACAGUCGACGUGGAUGAAGAGGAUGAGGAAGAGGUGCCCCCACGCCGCCCAAAGCAGCGCACAGCCCCUCCCGGCCGCAAUCGCAAGGGUUUUCUAGAGAACUCGCAGCUGACGGAGAAGGAUCGACGCCAAGUGCGCUACAAGGAGCGCGAACUACUGCAGAGUAUCAAGGAGAACGCCAAUGAUUUAGCCAAGCUCAUGAGCGACACGUUCGACACGCACACGCAGGAACUGGACCAGAUGUACGACAAUGUGUGCUACCCUCGCGAGGCCAAUCUGGACGCCAGUAACCUGGACGAACUCAAUGUGGCGGUGGCUAAACAGUCACAGGCACUGGGCUCCAGCGAUCUCACCAAGUAUGACACGACGGAUUUUAUCCGUGCAACGCAGAAUGCGUGUACUAUGGAGUCGCAGAACGGCGAAUUUGAUUGGAAUACACUGGGAAAUGCAGCUGGAGCCUGUUUUCGAUCCGUCCCGGAGAGUAGUUUCCUGUUUGGCUUGAUGAAUACGGAGGUGGUGCGCAAGGAGAGGAAGAAAGCGAGACGAGCACAGGAAGAUGUGAAUGCACAGGAAGCGCAGCCAACGGAGUAUACCAAUAAGAAAGACCGCAAGGACGCACAGGCUCGGCGACUGGAGAUCCUACAGACCAAAUUGAUGGAAGGAGAACGCGUUAAGCCGCUUUUUGACAUGGUUGUUAACCCCAAGAGCUUCACGCAGACGGUGGAAAACCUGUUCGACACAUCGUUCCUCGUGCGUAAUAACUCUGCUGAGAUCGGUAUCGACGAUGGAUCUGGCCUUCCUUACCUAAAGAAUCAAGAAGGACUUAAUGAAGCUAACCUCCCGCCGUCGACUCAGAGCAUCAUCAGCAUCACACCAGCACAAUGGGAGGAACUCGCGCGUGUUACAGGACGAGAGGAACCUCUGCUUGGCCAUCGAUCGUAGUCAUUACGAAUGCGUGGCGAUGUAAAGCCAGAUGAUGCUCAGACUCAAAUGUCAUCGACGCAUAAGGGCUGGCGACUUUAAACGAUUGUGUCGCGUUCUGUGCAGAACAAUGAGUGAAUACUCUGCUUAAUGGCAGCUGUUGUGGACUGUAGUGGCGCUUUCUUGCUGGCUAGUUGACUCCACAUCAAUGACCGUCUCCGUUUCAGACAGACUGGACGAACCGGUUGUGUUGAUGGUGUCAAGCACGUCGGCUAGGUCUUGACCUGCCGUGGUCGGGGGAGCAGUGUAGUAGCCGGUAUCAAUCGGGGCAUCCGUGACAGUGGCGGAUUCCUCCACCGUGGGUGAACUCGUCUCGGGGGUGAUAGUCAACGUAUCCAGGCCAUUAGGAAGACUCGCAGCGGUGACUUCUAUAGUCGACCCUGAAGAACUUUUGCUGUACGUAUCCGUAGUAACGGUAGUGCUUUCACUGGAACCUGAAGAAGACGCGACAGUGGCAGAUCCGUCUUCAGAUGCGCUGCUCACUGCGUAGGAGCCCUCGCCAGAUACGCCAGAGCCACCAGUUGAGCUAGAAUUUGAAGUACUAUCCAGCGUUGUCGAACCAUCCCAUGACACAGAUCCUGAAGCACUACCGGACGCUGUCUCUGACGCAGAAGCACUUGCUGAAGUGCUUGUCGAUGCACUUUCAGAGGUGCUGGUCGAAGCUCCUUUAGAGGUGCUGGUCGAAGCGCCUUCAGGGGCACCACAAGCCACGGACAUAUCAAGCAGUUCCUUCACAUUGGCGUAGCUCAGACCUGUGCUGGUGACCGUAUUCUCAUCAGGUUUGGCCGUCGGGAACCAUAGGAAGUCCGGGUGGUCUGUUUUCGAGCGUCCCACCCACUCGCCGCCGAUAACUGCGUAGUUUGCGUCCAACUCGAGCAAAUAUUCAUAGUCAUUCGAGACCGUGUACGUGUCCACCUUGUCGGAUGAAGCAAGUGGACCGUCAGCGUACGCCUCGAUGAUCCAGCUUACAGUAGUCUUAACGUACGCGAGAUACACCAUCUCGGCGUUAAACGGGUAUGUACCCGUGUUGAAAUACUGCUGCGAUGCC